ACAUUCGCAUCUGCCUUUAAUGCGCGCUUUGUCGAAAAAGUCCGUUAUCUCUCGGUGCCCCUGACAAAUACCUAAUUAUAACAUGCUACCGAUUAUGCGUUUAUCGUAAUCCACUUCUGGAGAUGGCGCGGUUUAUCAGUUAACUCCUAUCAAUGACAAUCGGCGCAAAAAUGGUACAUGUAUAUUUGCACAGGAAUUAAACAAUUAAAUCAGCGGCGUUUCCGUGGACUUAAUUGGAUCAUUUAAUGCUUGGAUAUCUCGGCUUUAAUAGUGCUGAAUAUGUGUUUGGAGUUGGGUCUGUAGUCGGGCUGGUGUAUUCCACGUGCGCGGAUUUUUGCCAACGAACUCGUUUAUUUACCCGAGUGUCAGUAUUCUAAUAAUAACAAAAAAAUGACUACCGAUAUUGGCGAAGACGCUCCUGCCCCCAGAUUAUGUCAUAUAACGCGCUGGCCAGACUUUGACGGAUAUGGAUUUAAUCUACAGUCCGAUAAGGUUCGAAAUGGUCAGUUUAUCGGCAAAGUGGAUGCGAAUUCACCGGCGGAAGCUGCCGGUUUGAAACAGGGUGAUAGGAUUGUUGAAGUGAACGGAGUUAAUAUUGCCAAUGAAAAUCACAAGCAGGUGGUAGAACGAAUCAAGGCCAUUCCCCAGGAAACACGCUUGUUAGUUGUUGAUCCAUCGGCGGAUGCAUGGUAUAAAACCAAUAAAGUUGUUGUGCGCGGAACGCAAAAGAACAUCCUUUAUCUCCAGAACCCUGUUGCCUUUAGAUUUACACAUGAUUCCAUUUCGAAAGAUUCUCCGCAGCACCAUGAAUUUGAUGAGAAGCCUAUAAACCACCCAUCUACCGAUAGUGUUAACGCUGACCGGCGAUCUAGUGUUCAGAAAUUACAAUCAUUUCCGCCAUUUCCACCGGGAAGCGAAGUGGCUGAUGCGCAUCAGCUAGAUAUACCAACCCAAACUGAACAAGAGCGAAAAGUCAGCGUACAAGAAUCACCUAUUCUUCGCCAGACUGUUGACCUACACUUUCCACCUCCGCCGCCACUCGAGGACUACAAUACACCGGAAAAAACUCAUCACGAAGAAAAGCGGCAAUCAAUAACUUUCACUGAACACGCUCCUGUAACUGUUACCCAACCGCAGCAUCUCGACAAAAGCGACGACCACAAAAACCGGCACGAGGACGACCAUCACAAUCACGAAAAAGGUCACGACCACGAACAUCACGAAGGAGAAUAUUUUCAUCACGAAAAACAUUACGAACAUACGCACCACGAAGACGAACACCAUCAUCCUCAAGAAGCUCACGAUCACGAGCAUCAUCACGAAAAAGCUCGCGAAGCGGGCGAGCAUUCCCACGAUCAUUCUCAUACUGGGAACGAAGCCAUGCAACACACAUACCAAGAGACAGUGGUCACCCACGAUGUGGAGACCGCUCGUGAAGAACAUGCGUCACAAUUAACUGGGUUUAAAGUUCUGGGUGAGGAUAUCGAAGUGUGUGCUGGACAACCGGGAUCCAGACGUCAUUCGAUUUUGGCCGAUCCGGCGCAUCAUGAGCAGCGUCGCCUGUCCAAUACCAGUCCAAAUCAUGUUCACUUCGAGCAAGAACCGGUACCGCUAACGGUGGCACAAUUAGUCGGCACACCGGAUCUGGAUGCUAGCCAGAUGCCGAAAGUGUACCCGAAAUCCCCUGUGCCUAGCGAAAAAGAAUUCAUUGAAGAAACGGUAACGCGUAGCCCGGCUUUUCAUCCACAAAAGCCGGUAUCGCCCAAAGAGGAGCUGACGGAAACUGUCGAGGUGCACCAUAAUAACGGAUACCAAAGGCCAGUUAUAUCGUACACCGAACGCUUACGAAAGGACAGCUUGAGCGAAGACUCCGGAUCGCGAUCAUUGUCAUCCGCCGCCGAGAAUCACAGUGACAAAGAGAACGGACUUCGUAGUCGCAACGGGGAUAAUAUUUCCUACGACGAUUCAAAGACGCCCUCCCCAACGCCUGCUGUGAUUGCGCCGCUGCCGGUCAAACCUGUAUCGAACGGGACCGCUAAACCGGUCACCACGGAACCGACGAAGACAACCCCAAAAUCUGGACAGACUUUUGGUGAGCCGUCGCUGUACCAGUCGGCACAAGAGCUCCGUGCCGCAUUAUCACGCCGACCCAAGAAGGAUAUUCGGUCGCAGCCGAUGGAUUUGAAGAAGAAGCACGAUAUCAUCAACAAUUUGUAGAGCGUUUUACGUUUUACCGGGGUAUCCUGCUGACAAUGCAGUGCCUUUUGUUUCUUUUUUGAUUUGUAUUGCAACAGUAUAGUUACUGCUUUUUACGGUACAAAAUUUUAUGCUUUUGUGCGAUAUCGUGACCUUGUGAAAGUUCAGUUCUUGUUAGCAACUAUUUUUAUUUUGAUUGUGUUUAUGGAUAUUCGACAAUUAUACAGUUUACUUUUUUGUGUUUGUUUAGCUUUAAUUAAUUUACCGUUUAUGUUUUCGAACCUUUGAAAACUUUGAUAGUUUUAUUUGAAGUGCCAUUGGCUUCCAAACGUAAACAUACUUUUAGACUUUA